GGGGGAGGGUGUAGUUGAACUGUUUCGCUUUUGCCCCGCCUACUGCUGAAAGAUUCUCCCUCUUUCAGGUCAAAGAAGUGAAAGCAAAAGCAGCAAACAAUUGAGGUGGUGACAUGGAGGAUGCAAAAGGAGAUGCUGCCAUGGCCUGGCCCCCAGCUGCCUCACGCACCAUAUUCCCCUGCCGCCGAUUCGCGCCCGGGCGUAUCCAUACAUAUACCGCCGGAGGUGGAGACGGAGCCGGAAUAUCUCCCCAGGCGGUGGAGUCCAAGGAAAGGAACCCACCACCCGGCCGGCCGCCCGCCCAGCCGCCUAUAAGAACCGGCCCGCAGCGGAACCGAUCGCUUGCCGCCGUUGCUGUCGCCGCGGUAGAAGCAGCCGCCGUCGUCUCCUGCGACUCCGGCCGCCGCGGCUUCUCAUGCUGGCCACGCCGCCGCCGACGCUGCGACUGCGAUACGAAGCGCCGCGGUGGUGGGCACGCUGGAAAUGGCAUCGUCGUGUGGUGGCGGCCAGCAGCAGCAGGGCGGCGAGGCCAGGGCGCGGCUCAGGUGGACGCGCCAGCUGCACGACCGCUUCGUGCUCGCCGUGGCCCAGCUCGGCGGCGCCGACAGGGCGACGCCCAAGUCCGUCCUGAGGGCCAUGGCCGUGCCGGGGCUCACGCUCUACCACCUCAAGAGCCACCUCCAGAAGUACCGGCUGGCGGUGAGCCGAGGCUUCAUCACCACGCCCCCCGGCGAAGGCUCCAACGACCCGUGGUCAUCCUCCUCGGAGGGCCAGCCGGACGAGUACGACGAGGACGCGGCCGCCGAGUGGCGUGGUGCAUUUGCCGCCGCCGACGGUGGCGCCGCCGGCACUAAAGAAGCUCCCUGCGAUUCUCCCAGGAGCAUGGCGCGGAUGCAGAGGGAGGUGCAGAGGAAGCUCCAGGAGCAGGUCGAGGUCCAGCGGCACCUGCAGCUGAGGAUCGAGGCGCAGGGGAGGUACCUGCAGUCGGUGCUGCGCCGGGCGGAGGAAGUCCUCGCCGACCACAGCCUCGGCUCGCCGGCAGCCAUGGCGGAGCUCUCGGAGCUGGCCUCAGCGGUGGAGUCCGGGUGCCUGUCCUCCUCCUCCUCGCCCUCGCCGUCCCCGCCGCGCCGCCGCUCCGCCGACAGCUGCAUCACGUCCUCCUCCUCGGAGGCCGAGAGCCAGGCCGGCACGGGGUCCAAGAGGCCGUGCACGUGCGCCGCCGAGCAGCCGGUGCAGGGCAAGAGGACCUUCCUGCAGAGCCACGAGGCAGGGGAAGCAGACGCAGACGCAGAAGCAGAGGACGGCAGCUCACCAGAGAUCGAUCUCAACAGGUAGGGGAAGAACAGAAGACGAUCGCGAUCAUAAGCAUCUCUGCUGCAUGUGCGGAGCAUCGGGAACAGGGGAUGAUUGGUGGUGCGGCCUCCAAGGUUGGGACCAGGCUUUUCAGCAAUGUCUGAUGCUGCUGCAACGGCUGGUGAUGCUACACUGCAAGCCUGCAGCAACCACACUGCUCUUCAUUCCAUAAUAUGAUACAUCUAUAUUUUUCAUUUAUGCAUAUGGUUCUUGUGUUUCAUGUACCUCUGUAAAAAAAAGAAAAACCUCCGACUGGAACUAGAGGCAGGCCCAGCUGCAGGUGAGGCACAUGCAGCAUGCUUGAGGUGCAAUGCAAGGAUGCAUGUAUAGUUAUAGAACUGUGGUAGCUAGUACUCCAUCAUAUGCCAUCAGUAAGAUUGAUGCCUUAACAGGGCAAUGGGAUGGGAGCUGGAAAUGGUUUGGAAUGUAAGCUAAGAUUAAAAGUUCAAACCUGGGUUCAGUGCACAAUAACAAGUUCAGUUACAGAA